AUGUCUAUCGCCGAGUCUAUUGAAAGUAUCAAUACUCUGGCCGGCAAUGUAUCGGGCCUGAAGGGAAACGAGCGUCAGGAUCUACUACAGGCCUGCGAAAAGCUCAGAGAUAAGCUUGAGAAGCCCUCCGAUACGAUCGUGCGCCUUGCAUUUUCCGGUCAUCAACUCGUGGUCCUUCGACUUGCUGCUGACCUCAAACUGUUCGAUGUUAUGGCCCUCGAAGCAGGCCAGUCUCUGGAUGGCUCAGUGAACCUUCACGCGCUUGCGGAGAAGACGCCUGCGGAGCCUUUGUUACUCACUCGGAUCAUGAGAUUUUUAGCAGCCAUGGGAGCCGUGCAUGAGAUUCGCCCACAGGUAUAUUCGCCAGCCCCAUUGGCGGCGGAUUUGGUGUCCAGCUCUCCUCUUUCAGCUGCGCUGAUUCAUUGUACGCAUUUCAUGUCAGUAUUGUCGAAGCUACCGGAGUAUUUCAAUGAGAAAGGGUGGAAGAGCCCCCACGAUGCCCACGAUGGGCCUUUUCAGUUCGCCUUGGGAUCCAGCCAACAUUAUUUUGAGUUCUUGAGCUCCAACCCGUAUUAUGGGCAAGCGUUCAAUACGGUGAUGGCGAUGCCAUUUCGCCGACGAGGGAAGAACUGGUUCGAGUUUUAUCCGGCCGCCGAACGAUUACUGGUUUCCUCCGCAGGCGAGGAUCUCAGGAUGUUCCACGAGCGCUUCCCUGAUUUGCCGGGGAAGCUCGUGCUGCAAGACCUGGCUCCCGUCAUCGAUAGCGCCACGGCGCUGCCGGAGAGAAUCGAAAGCCAAUCUUAUGACUUCUUUCAGGAGCAGCCAAUCAAGCAUGCAAAGGCCUACUUCAUGCGAACAGUUUUGCACGACUGGCCGGAUCAGCAAGCGGAGAAAAUCCUCCGGCGCGUCUGCGAUGCAAUGGGCCCGAAUUCCGUUCUGCUGAUCAAUGAGCUCAUCUUGCCUGAAGCGGGGGUUCUUCUCUCUUCCGCGCUCGGUGAUAUCCAGAUGAUGGGCUCAUUUGCCUCUCUAGAGCGGACUGAAGCACAAUGGAAACAGCUGCUUCAAAACGCCGGCCUUGAGCUGGUCCAUGUUUGGCUGCCUCAAGACUGUGAGAAGACUCCAGAAGCCCUAGCAAACCAAGCCGCUGUUUUUGAAGCUCGUCGAAGAUACGGUUAA